AUGUAUCGGCCUCCAACUGUGGAAACAGAAUUUCCUAAACGCCUAUUUAGAGAUGGAUUUGAGCAACAAGUGAAGAAGAUUAACAAUUCCUAUCGAAUUUCUAUCUUGGGCAAAGUCAAACAAGCAUUACCUAAAGAGUAUGAGAAAGUGAAGAAUGAUCCAGUCUUUUCACAUGUCUUUGCAAUCUACGAGAAUGGUUUAGGGUAUUCAGGGCGUUUGAUACACAGCAUGAUGUCUAGGCAAUUGGUUACAAAGAAAAAAAGAGAGAUAUGGUUUGUGUUUGGAGGGAAGCCACUCAGAUUUUCAAUGCAAGAGUUUCAUGCUGUGACUGGGCUCAAAUGCACUGCCGAUUCUAGUUGUGAUUUAGAGAAUUGGAAAGAUGAUGGUGGGUUUUGGAGCAAAUUGAUGAAGAGAAAAGCUGGGUUGGUUAUGGCUAAGGAUGAGAAAAAGUAUAUUCCACUCAAAUACAUCCAGAUGGUAAUGGAUCUUGAUAAGGUGAGGACUUAUCCUUGGGGUCUUAAAGCUUUUAAAAGUCUUGCUAAGUCUAUCAUAGAAAAAAGAGAAGAUUUGAAGAAGAUCAAUAGCUAUGCAUUAGAUGGUUUCUCAUAUGCAUUUCAAAUAUGGGUGAUGGAGGCAAUUCCAGACAUUGGAAAGUUGUUGGGAGAAAAGAUUAUCACAGAAUUUAGAGAAGCUCCUCGAUGUUCUAACUGGAAAGGCGCAGCCAAAGUAUCAUAUGAUGAUAUCAUCCAACUAGAAAGUACAUUUGCAACAUUAAAGAAGCUCGUACGAAGAUUGCAGUUGAUUUGUGGGAAGCAGCAUCUGAUCCUGUGUUCAUUGAGCGAAUGGGAAAGUAUGAGCCUCCAUCUAUAUUGCCUCAUAUUGUAGCCCUUAGUUAAAUUUAAGAUUUUGCUAGGAUUAUUAUUGCGACGGUAGUAUGUCACUCACGUCAUGUU